AUGGACUCGUUACUGGCUACCGAACUCUCAGCGGAUACUUUGGCGGCGUUGCAAGCGCACCUCAAGACGCAAGAGGGGCAGAAAGAUGCGACAGUCGCCGAGGACUUCCGUCUCUCGCAGUUCUGGUACGACGAUCGAACGGGACGGGCCUUGGCGCAGGAAGCCAUCGAGCAGAGCAAAGAGAUGCGCAUUGCGUUCGUGAGCACGCCAGCAGCUUAUCGGGCCUUCGUCCAGAUCCAAGACGAGAGCGACUCUCGUGUUGACGGCGACCGCGUCUUCCUGUUCGAGUACGACCGUCGAUUCGACGACAAGUACGGCCCCCACUUUGUCUUCUACGACUACAACGAGCCCACGAAGCUGCCAGCAAAGUUUCACCGCUUCUUUGAUUAUGUGCUCGUUGAUCCGCCGUAUCUGAACGCGGACUGCAUGAGCAAAUUCGCCGAGACGAUGCGCUGGCUGGCGAAGGACGUCGAGGUCGUGCCGGGCAAGAGGGACAGGAUCCUCAACCCGUGCACCUUCAUCACUGCGCGCAUGCUUCGCCAAGACAUCGACGCAAAUUUGGGCUUUAAGCCGUCGGGGUUCACGCCGACGUUCGCGUCCAAGCUGUCGAACCAGUUUCUGACGUAUACAAACUACACAUCGGAUCGGUUUGGCCCAAGCGCAGAAGACUUUGGCGACUCGAGUGGUGACGAAAAGUAG